UAUGAACAUAAAUUUUUUUUUAUUCUGAAAAACUGUUUCAGUUUUACUCUCUGCACAACUGAGCGGCAUUUAUUAACCACACGUGUCGACUGACAGCUGUCAAUAACCAAAACAUUUGCACCAACGAAAUCAACAAAAGGGUUCCGGUCUUUUGUGUGUUGAAAGUGGUUUUAAUAUGUCUGCACCUAAGCGUAAGGCCACCGCACUGGAGCUAUUGGAAGAGCCCAGUUCCAGUUCAGAUGUUGAGGAGGACGUUGGUAUAACUUAUGAUGAAAACGAUGAAGAGGGGAGUGAGGAAAUGGUUGACUUUGAGGGACGUGCAGCUUAUGAUUCAGAUUGCCAUGGUAUUACAAUGCUAUUGCAACGGGCCUAUGUAAAUGUGGAUAUCAAUUUAAUGGAACUCGCUGAUUUGAUCAUUUCGCAAAAUUAUGUGGGCUCUGUUCUGAUGCAAGCUUCCCAGGACGAUGAAGAGGAGAAUGAAACAAUCUUUGGUGUUACCACAGUAAUUAACAUUUCCAAAAAGAAAGAUAAAAAAUGCGUACAGGAUUUGCGUAGCCACAUCCUUUCAUGUGCCAAGAAUAAUGCAACACCUGAAAUGGCUAGCAAAUUCGAAGCAAUUCUGAAGAAUGAUAAGCUAAAUGUGGGUUACAUUCUUAAUGAACGCUUUGUCAAUAUACCAUGUGCAAUAUCCGUGCCAAGCUUUGAAAAUCUACUGCAGGAGAUAAACGAUGCAGCUGCAAAAGGAAUGCCAUUCAAAUUUGACUACAUGGUGAUUAUUAUUAAGUAUUUCAUGGUUGACGGUGCUGGUGACAAUGAGAAGGAGAAGAUACUAGUCAAUGAAGAAGAAAACUUGUUUGAGGAAAUAGCAUCUGAUGUAUUUCACUUUAAGCUUACUAGUGCCGCCCCGGCUGAUGAAGCUGUUGGUGGUGAGUCUCAAAAUUCUGGUGCAGUUAUCGAACGUAUGGUUUGCUUGUUAGAGGCCAAGCGUUUCUAUGAGGCGGUGAAGAAGUUAGAUCAUUUCGUUAACGGUCCAAAACCUGUUUGAAAUUUGUUAUUCAUUUUGUUUCAAUUUUAUUUUUUGCUUUCUUAUUUUAUUUACAGUUGCUACUAUAGUUUUAUUAAGUAUUUUAUUUUUGAAAAUUUUUUGCGUAUAUGACUUAAGAAUGUGGACAUUUUUUGUACAGAUUAAUUGUAUAUAAAAUAAAUU